AUGUUCUACCGGGUUAUCCCACUCAAAGCCAAAAUCAUUUACAGGCAGAGCGUCUUAAUGCGCCUCAAAGGUGAUGCUAAAGGCUCUAAGCUUACCAUCACGUCAUUCUUGACCAGCCUACAUCCCACAUUGGACCAGGUGCCGCAAGAGGACCUCGCACCUCUACAUCUAUCACAGGCAGCCAACCAUACCUACCAUUUCGGGUUUUCGGAUGUGCAUGAAGAAGACCUGAUAUUCUGCGUCGGCCGCAUUAUGCGAGGAGAGGGCCGUUUCGAAGAAGCAAGGAAAUGUUUCGAGACUUGCCUCGGGACAUACGGACUAUACGCAUCCAAGCGUUUCCUUGUCAAGUCAGCGGUUGCCGAUAUUUAUUGCGAGCUAGCGUAUCUGACAACAAGGACAUCGUACUUCUCUCGGGCGAAGGCAAUUCUGGAACCGGAAAUAAGUAGCCUAAGGCAAUCAUCUAGCCAGAAUCUUAGGGGAUAUCGGCGGCUGCUUCUAUCCCUCACCGAGGCUAAAAUUCGUCAAGGCCAUCAUGACGCGGCCGACCUCUUAGCGACAGAGCUUCUGACCAUAUACGGGGACUUAGGAGAGCCGGACAUCGUAGAUCGGCUUAGACAUGUCAGGACACUUAUAGCUUUAGUGUGCAUAUCUCCGACCUUGCAUAAUACGUCAAACAGGUGGAAAGUUGUCAUGGACUGGAAUAGGUUCUACAAUCCAUUAGAAGAGGAGGUUUUUACUUGCGGCGUCUAUCGACUUAGGAAUAUUGAUAUGAGCAUGGGAUAUUUCCAGAACGCAAUGUGCGUAAUAGAGAAGAAACGGCGUCAGUACUCAAUACCGGGGAUAGGUACCUACCUCUUUUGCGGCGUGUAUGAGGAGGUUCGAUCCACGACAGGGUGGCUUUUAGGGAUCCCAGUUUUUGUAUAG